CACUUUCCGACAGUAUUUGGAAACACCACCAGUUUCUCCUUCAAGGUGUCCACACGGUUGAAAAAAAAAAUGACUUUGUCCCGUCAGCUCAGCUAAUAGUUGAUCUAUUAACGUCAGACACACUCUCCACAGGAAAUGAUGCCACACCUUAAACGACAUUUGAGCAGGUAAAAGGUGAACACUAAGCCAGAAGAAAACGUCUUCAUCAGACUGCGUGAGUACCUGCCUGUACUUGUAUGACCUGAAUGGGGCAGCGAGGCUCCACGCAACCCGAGGCCCGGGUCCUCAUUCUGGGUCUGGACAACGCGGGCAAGUCGACCCUCCUGUACAAGAUGAAACACGACAAGUUGGUCGGCACCGUCCCCACCGUCGGCUUCAAUGUGGAAAUGUUCGACGUGAAGAGGAAAAAGAAGAACUUCGCUCUGACCGUGUGGGACGUGGGCGGCCAGGCGGAAAUGCGUCGCCACUGGCGGAGCUUCCACCAGGACACGGCGGCCGUCGUCUUCGUGGUAGACAGCGCCGACCGGGCCAGGGCGGCGGAGGCAAAGCGGGAGUUGGAGCGCACGCUGAGGAGCGAGCAGCUCCGCGGCAGCCCGCUCGCCGUGCUCGCCAACAAGCAGGACGUGGACGGCGCUAUGACCGUGAUGGAAAUCAUAGACGAAUUUAAUUUGCGGAGGAUUUGCGGCAACAGGGACUGGUUCAUCCAACCGUGCUCCGCGUCCGUGGGCUUCGGCCUGGCGGAGGCUCUCACGAGGAUCGGCCACAUGGUCAAACUCCCGUCGGAAUCUUCGGCCACGAUGAAGGAGAACAUUAAAGAUACCGUGAAUUACAUAAGAACUAAGUCUGGUAAUCAUUGAAGGUGGAUUUGGAUUUUGGACUCCCUCGGUAUGUUAACACUGACACAGUUGUGGUGGUUGUACCAGAAUUGAUUUGAGGUGCGGUCUUGAAAAGUGGGCAACAUAAUACAUCUUCCACGAUUCAAAUUUCAACCAUUUUCACUUCACUUUUGUAAGCAAGUUUAACUUGGGUAAACGUAAAUACUGUAAUUGAAACGUCGACGUCAUUUAAACUAAACAUUGAUUGCAGUUUUGAAAUCUUAAAACACUUGCAGCAGUACUUUAUCCCGUUUUCAUCAAAUGCAAUCACACUGUAGUGCACUCAUGGGCUGACGUUUUGAAAUCUUCCUUCAUAUAAAUAAAUCAACGUUUAUUUAUAUAGCACUUGUCAUACAUAAAUCUGCAACUCAAAGUGCUGUGCAAAAGAAAAAAAAGCAAAGUUAUGUAACGAACAUGACACUAUAUUGUAGGUAAUACAUUUCAUUUGAAUUGUGGUUUGGGGAUCCUGUCAAUAUUGGACAUAUUUACACUAUUUUGUAAGCAACUUAGUUUGAACUGUGGCAUGCUUCACACAAAACAUGUAACAUGUCACAGCCUUUGUGUUGACGAAAAUGGACGAGAUUAUUGAAAUCUUAUAUUCAACUUUGAUAUAAAGUAUAUUGCAGUCAUACAUUUCAUUUGAAUUAUGUUUUGGAAAAGUUACCACUUAUAUUAAUCCAAAAAUGAACAUCUACACCGCUUUGUCAACUGGAUUUGAAUUGUGGCAAUGUUUCAACCACAACAUUUAAAUACUCUUUUAAAACGUUUUUGUACUCUACUGAAAAUAGACUUCUAUUGAAAUGUUACUCUCAUGAGAUUAACAGGUUUGGAUGGAUAAACAAUCAGCAUUUUACUUUUAUAAGUGCAUUAGUAUUAUAGUUAAUAUAUUUAAUUUAAAAUUUGGUUUGAAAUCAAGUUAGCACAAGUUGCUUCGAAUGAAAAUGGACAAUGUUUAAAUAUUAGUUUUUAUGCUUGGGGAACUCUUUUGUAAAAUUCUGCAUUCUUUCCAAUGACCGGCAGUGGGUGUAUAAAUUCAGGGGUAAAUGUUUACCAGACAACACAUUGGAUCUCUAGGAAUGUUUUCACUCCGUUCUCUCCCCCCAAAAUAUCCAUCAGCUCAUUCUUUUUGUCUACAUUGUUACAUUUCUGUGAUGAACGCCGACAGUGUCACAUUGCCAAAUUCAGCGAAAGUGGGAAGAAAAAAAAAAGUCAAGUGGACCGAACAAUGAGCUUGCAUUAAAUUGAGUGGCUAAAAUAACUCACCACUGACAUCACUUGACUGUAACGUGAUCCUUGUUAUGCUGCAAGACGCUGCAGACAAAUACAGUUCAUUACUUUGCAUCCCUGAAACUGGAGUCAUGGACAUACGUCAUUUGAAAUGAACAGAGUUGUUUAGUUUGAUUCACAUUUCAGUGGUAGACGUAGCAGCAUUGAUGAGAUGUUUUAUCAUUUUGAGGAAUAUUAAACAGAACCAGGCCUAUGCAUUUGUAUCAAUAAAACAUGUUCAUCACUUGA